ACUGUUUAUGUUGAAGCCCAGUGAAAGCAGGAGAGACCAGACUCACCUGCAUCCAGCUGUGUGUCCAUGAAGAGUGACCAGUCUAAGGAGGGGCCUCUUGACUUUAAGGGUGGAGGCCACUGUGAUAAGCAAAUUCAACUGAACCAGGAGAGACCAGACGCACCUGUACCCCGCUUUAUGACCAUGAGCAGUGACAGAUCUAGGGAGGAGUCUAUGGAGUUCAGGGGUGAAGGGCCGAUUAGUGAGCCUAUAAGAGGUCACCGGAAGAGGUCAGUGGUUCUCACUGAAAGGCCUGCCCCGAACUUGGACUCCAUAUUCAUGCUGCUUGAAAACAACAUUGUGACUUUUGUGACAAACGAGCUAAAGACGUUGAAGAAAGUUCUGGCUCCAGAAGGUCCAGAAUCCUCAGAGAAGCUGAGAGAAGAUGUGGAAGUUGUGAGUAGUGAGGAAGAGCACAGAAGUGGCACCAGAGAAGCAUUUCUGAAAAUCACACUGAACUUCCUGAGGAGAAUGAACCAGGAGCAACUGGCUGACUCUCUGCAGAGGAAAACUUAUGCUACAAUUUGCCAACGUAAACUAAAGUCUAACCUGAAGAGGAAGUUUCAGUGUUUGUUUGAGGGAAAUGCCAAAGCAGGAAACCCAACACUUCUGAAUCAGAUCUACACAGAACUCUACAUCACACAGGGAGAGAGUAGAGAGGUAAACUACCAGCAUGAGGUCAGACAGAUAGAAGCAGCAUCACGAAAACCAUCAAGUUCAGAAACAACUAUCAGAUGUGAGGAUAUGUUUAAACAUUCACCUGACAGAGAAGAACCAGUAAGAACUCUGGUGACACAGGGAGUGGCUGGCAUUGGGAAAACAAUCUUAAUGCAGAAGUACAUCCUAGACUGGGCUGAAGACAAAGCCAACAACAAUAUACAGUUCAUCUUUCCAUUCACUUUCCGAGAGCUCAAUUUGCUGAGAGAGAAGAAGUACAGCUUGGUGGAGCUUCUUCAUCACUUCUUUACUGAAACCAAAGAAGCAGGAAUCAGCAGGUUUGAAGAGUUCCAGGUUGUGUUCAUGUUUGACGGUCUGGACGAGUGUCGCUUUCAUUUGGACUUCCACAACAGUGAGAUCCUGACUGAUGUUACAAAGUCGACCUCAGUCCAAGUGCUGCUGACAAACCUCAUCAGGGGGACACUGCUUCCCUCUGCACGCCUCUGGAUAACCACACGACCUGCAGCAGCCAAUCAGAUCCCGCCUGAAUGCAUUGACAUGGUGACAGAGGUCAGAGGGUUCAGUGACCCACAGAAGGAGGAGUACUUCAGGAAGAGAUUCAGAAAUGAGGAGCAGGCCAACAUAAUCAUCUCCCACAUCGAGACAUCACAAAGCCUCCACAUCAUGUGCCACAUCCCAGUCUUCUGCUGGAUCAGUGCUGCAGUUCUUGAGAAUGUGUUGAAAACCAAAGAGAGAGGGGAGCUUCCCAAGACUCUGACUGAGAUGUACAUCAACUUCCUGGUGAUUCAGACCAAACAGGGGAAUAUGAAGUAUCACAGCAGUACGGUGACUGAUUCACUGUGGAAUGCAGAAACCAAGAAGACCAUUCUCACUCUAGGAAAACUGGCUUUUGAGCAGCUGGAGAAAGGAAACCUGAUCUUCUAUGAAGAAGACCUGAAAGAGUGUGGCAUUGACAUGAAAGCUGCUUCAGUUUAUUCAGGACUAUUCACAGAGAUCUUAGACGAUAAGUUUGGGCUGAACCGUGACAAGGUGUUUUGCUUUGUCCAUAUGAGCAUUCAAGAGUUCCUUGCUGCACUCUAUGUCUUCCUGAUGUUCAUCAACACUGGUGUUGAUCUACUGAGAAGAGGCCCAUUCAACUCAGUGCGGCCUGCGUCACUACAUCCUAACUUCAAACACUUCUACCAGAGGGCAGUGGACAAGGCUUUACAGAGUCCAAAUGGACACAUGGACUUGUUUGUCCGCUUCCUCCUGGGUCUUUCACUGGAGACCAAUCAAACUCUCCUACGAGGCCUUUUGAAAACCACAGGGAGUACACCACAGGCCAAAGAGAUGCUGGUGCAGUACAUCAAGAACAAGAUCAGGGACAAUCCUUCUCCAGAGAAAAGCAUCAAUUUGUUCCACUGCCUGAAUGAGCUGAACGACCACUCUCUAGUGCAGGAGAUCCAACAGUACCUGAAAUCAGGAAGUGACCUUGAGAACAAGCUCUCUCCCUCUCAGUGGUCAGCACUCGUCUUCAUUUUACUGUCAUCACAAAAAGAUCUAGACAAGUUUGACCUGAAGAAAUUCUCUGCUUCAGAGGAGGGACUUCUGCGGCUGCUGCCUGUGGUCAAAGCAUCCAAAACAUCUCUGUUGAGUGGCUGUGACCUCUCAUUGAGAAGCUGUGAAGCUCUAGUCUCAGUUUUGACCUCAAAGAACUCCAGUUUGAGAGAGCUUGACCUGAGUAACAAUGACCUGAAAGAUACAGGAGUAAUGCUGCUGUCAUCAGGACUCAAGAGUCCACACUGUAAACUGGAGAUACUGAGGUUGAGUGGCUGUGAACUCUCAUCAAGAAGCUGCGAAGCUCUGGUCUCAGUUUUGACCUCAAAGAACUCCAGUUUGAGAGAGCUGGACCUGAGUAACAAUGACCUGAAAGAUACAGGAGUAAUGCUGCUGUCAGCACAACUCAAGAGUCCACACUGUAAACUGGAGAUACUGAGACUGUCAGGCUGUCAGGUCUCAGAGAAAGGCUGUACUUUUCUGGGGUCUGCUCUGGACUCCAACCCCUCCCAUCUAAGAGAGCUGGACCUGAGCUUCAAUCAUCCAGGAGACUCAGGAGUGAAUCUGCUGUUCACUGCAAAGGAUGACCCAAACUGCAAACUGGAAACUCUCAAGAUUGAUCAUUGUGGAGAGUGUCGACUGAAACCUUCGCCCCUUCGGUAUUUCUGUGUGCUUUCACUGGACCCAAACACAGCAAACAGGAACCUCUUACUGUCUGAUGACAACAGACGAGUGAUGGUGGUGACAGAGAAGCAGCCGUAUCCUGAUCACCCAGACAGAUUUGACCACUGGAAACAGCUGCUGUGUAGCGAAGGUGUGACUGGACGCUGUUACUGGGAGGUAGAGUGGAAAGGAAGAGUUAAUAUAGGAGUGACAUACAGAGGAAUCAAGAGGAGAGGUGACAGUAAUGACUGCUGUCUUGGAUGGAAUGAUCAGUCCUGGAGUCUGAUGUGCUCUGCUCAGGGUUUCACUGCCUGGCACAAUAACACACCAACAGACAUAGCUACACAUCCACCCUCUGACUCUAAGAAGGUAGCAGUGUAUGUGGACUGGCCUGCUGGAACUGUGUCCUUCUACUGCCUUCCAUCCAGAGUCUCUAGCAUCAAACAAAUCCACCUCCACACCUUCCGCUCCACAUUCACCGAACCCAUCUACCCUGCGUUUAGGUUUGGACUAUUGAGUGAGUUUGUGGCUGGCUCUAAAUGGUUACCAUCCUCACUUUAUCUGUCACAGAUUGAAGAGUGAAUGUAGGCUCAUGUGUAGAAAAACACCCACAGUUAACACCAAAGACAGGAUGGAUCACAGGACACCCAACUACAUGUACACACAUAUACACACACACACACACACACACACACACACACACACACACACACACACACACACACACACAGAGUUUUGUACUAUUAUACAUGUGAGAAACCUAGUUUACUAGUUUAAUUACUUAGCUUACUAGCUUUAAUCAGCCUAUUCUCAAUAUUUACUCGAGUUUUUAAGCUUGAACUGGAGGACAAAAUGAAAUUGUCUAUUUUCAGCCUUUGGUGGAGCUGUUUCUACUAGUAAAAAUGUGAGGAUCCACUGGUCUGUUAAAAGAGACUAUAAAAGUGUAUUUACUAUGCCUAUGAUUUAAAUCUUAAACCAUUGUUUCAUAUUGCACUUCCAUAACAUUGGGGGACUUGUCAAAAAUGAAACAGCACAGGCCUGGAUAUGGGUCAAGCACUAAACAUGCUUUAAAAGUUAAUUGUAAAUCACCUACAUUGCUUCAUGUUUGCCCAAUUCCAUCUGUGUUAUUAAUCAGAAUUAUUUUUAUAAAUUUUAUAUAAUGUGUAUUCUUCAUUUUUUUAUUUUUUAUUUCAUAUUGAUUUUUGUUUCCUACAAUAGAAUAUUGUUGUUCAUUGUCAAGCAGACUUGUGUGUUUAAUGCCAGCAAAAUACAGUGUUUAUUAUUGUGCUUUAAUCAACCUGCAUGGAAAUUUAAAGAUUAAAACAGCCAUGGAGAACAGUUCGAAACUUAGUGGUAAAUGAGCUUUGUAUUUCACCACAAGUGACAUUAUGUUGUUAAUAUUAAAGAAAUAAAGACAUCAGUUGAAUAUAAA